CCAGGAGUGUCAAAACGUGUUGAGGCUGCUGCAUUUGUGUCUUAAAUCUCAGUUUAGGCAAAGCAUUUCAAUCAUUAAAGUAAAAGAAGAGCAGCUAUACAUAAAACACCGUUAAUUUCAUAUUAACAAUUUCUUUUUUGUUAUUCCAGGAAGAAAUUUUUAUACCUUUCAUUAUUUAAGGCAAAAAAAAAAAAAAAAAAAGUCCAGGAAAUUUAUCUGUUACUUUUUCAAUUUCUGCAAUUUUCACUUUUUCUGAUCUAUGCUUAUAUUUUCUAGAUUGUUCGUAUCAAAAAAACAAAAACAAAAACGGGAAAAGCAGUUACUUAUUUUAGAGAAGUAGCUUUAAUUUGAAAAAACCUACCGGAAAUGGAUCAGUGGAUGAUACCAUCAUUAGUGUGUGGAGGGGGAAAUACACAGCAACGGUUUCUCUGAACCGGUGAAUAAGCUACAGCUUUUUACAUUGCGCUGAUCUGAAGACUUUUUAUUCAAGGUCGAUAAUGUUGGGCUUAAGAUUCAAGAUGAGUUGGAUGAUUGCAGGUGAAUCGUGUGACCGGAGCAAAUCCAUUUCCGGUUUCUGAAGCGCCAAAACAGAAUCACCUAUUUUCAUGGAGUCUGAAACAGAAGCUGAAAGGAGACAACAAGUGGACAUUUCACCAUAAAUAAAGCGGUUUUCCUCUGGAGUUGCUCUCUCCAUCCAUCCCAUGAGCUCUGACCAGAUUCUUUUUUUAUCUGGUGAAGAGAAGCAUCCCCUCAGCAUUACUGAACGACUCUCACUGGCAGCAUCUGGUCACUUAACUAGCGAUUCUUUUCCAAUCGGUUCUGUACAGAAGCAUCAACACUUCUGAUAAGUCAGGCUCAUUGUAUUGCAUGUGAGUGACCAACAGGACCUAAGGAUGAGCAGGUGGGGAGAGCGGCUGAAGAAAGUGGAGCAGCUGGCUCAGUCGUUCCAGCAGAACCCCCUGACUACGCCCUACAAACCUCGGCUGUGGCCGUGCCAGCCCUCCUCUGUCUGGAGACUCUUUCCUCGGCAGAGCCUGGCCAUCAGCUUUGCUCAGAGCUGCAAAGAGGCUGUGCAUGUUUUUGCACUUGAAAAAGAAAAGGCUCCAGAGGGUCAAAGGAUCUACCUGGUCACAAGUUACAGCGAGCUGUGGCAUUAUUACAGGGUUUACCCUCAGUCCUUGAUGCACUGCUAUGAGGUGAUACCAGAGGAGGCAGUGUGUAAGCUUUACUUUGACUUGGAGUUUCACAAACCCUCAAACAAAGGAUCGGAUGGGAAGUCAAUGGUUGCCCGGCUCAUCCAGUAUGUCUGUGACAAGUUGAUGGACAUUUAUGGGAUUGAAUGCUCUGUGGAAAAUGUCCUGAACCUGGACUCCAGCACGGAGGAGAAGUUCAGUCGACAUCUUAUCUUCAUGCUUCAGAAUGCAGCUUUUAAAGACAACAUCCAUGUUGGAAGAUUCAUCCACGCUAUUCUUCAGCCCAUCGUCACCAAACUCAGAGGCGAAAGUGGUCUUUGUAAAGCAGAUGUUCCACAGACAGACAGCAAUAAACAAACACAUGUUGUUUCUGAGACGGCUCAGAGUCCAGAUAUGAAGAGGCGAAAACAGGAAGGGAGAGACCUCAGCUUCCUGCUGGUGAAAAACAAGGACGGCCAUAGCUGCCUUUUUGUUGAUCUGGGUGUGUACACCAAGAACAGGAAUUUUCGGCUCUACAAGUCCUCAAAGGUGGGGAAGAACGCUGCAUUCACUGUAGCCCGAGACAACCAGUUUGUUGCCAAACCUGCCAAAGAGAUGUCUGUUGAGGAAAGUGUCUUCCUGGCAUCUUUAGUGUGUAAUAUCAGCUUCACAGGCCAGAGGAUUCUUACUUGGGAGACCCCAGAAACGAAAGAGACUAAAACCCCAACACCUUACUGUGAGCAGGGAUUGGAUUCAAAUCCAGGCACAUUUUCUGGCUGCCUUUCCUCUCCUUACCGAGAGGUGGACAACUUUGUGUUGACCUUGGUCAGAAAGGAUGGGCUUCAGGGAAGCAUUCGAAGAUGGAGCUACUUUGCUGCAGAGCAGCUUCUUGUCUAUGACAUUGCCAAAUACCGCUGGUGUGAAAACGUGGGCAGGUUUCAUAAGAGCAACAACGUCAUGAUUGUUGUAGACCUUAAAGAGGAGGUCUGGUACCAGAAGUGUCACGAUCCGGACUGCAGGAACUUCAGGUCCUCAAGUUUUCCACUGCCCCAAGAGAUCUGUGUCAGCUACAUCCUCACUCUGGACGAGGAGGAUCAGGCAUACCUAAUGGACGACAUUGGCAACAUUUUACCCAGCCAGGCCCCAAACAGCUUCGUCUGUCCGGCGGAGGAGACUCCUGAAGCGUGGGGGGAUGAGCAGGACGAGCGGGAAUAUUUAAAGAGCCUGAAUGACUUUGAACAAAACAGUGCGGAGAUCUCAGACCAGCUUUUGCUCAAAUGUGUGGCAGACUUUGACUCCUAGAGGGCGACUACGUUCUGUCGCGGUGACUCUAGCGUCAUGGAAACACUCACACUUACUCAUAUACACAGAAUAAACUGUUUAAAUCAG